AUGGGAGAAGGAGCUUCUGAAGGCAGGCGACGGAGGCGAAAGAGCUGUGCUGCUAAAACUCCAUCGCCACUGUACAAAGCUCUAGCCGUCCCCUCUCGCGUCCUCCGAUCGCAUAACCUCGAGAUACUCGUGUCGACGCUGAACGUGGACAUCCCGAGCACGGUUGUUGCUUCGACAGAGAGCUCCAAAGAGUCGGUGCUGGUACCGAAGCUACAGACCGCGUCUGCGAAGGCACUACCCGUUCCAUAUCCAGUGCACAAGGCGCUUGUAUUCGGAGAGGGAAUCGACAGCGCGAUAGCCUUUGGCAGAUUCACGUCCGACGCCAACCAGGACCUCAGCCAUGUUGUGAAGCUCGCUCUCGACCUGCCGCCCCCGUCAGAUGAACAAGACUUGGGCACACAGAGCGGAAGCGCGGCUAUCAACACUCAAGUCGGCACCGAAGCACUCGCCACCUUUCGCAAAUCGAUACAGAACGCUGUCGCAUAUGAGAAGGGCUGGUACCGAAGCGGACUGCCAGCUGUCUCGACAUGGCUCACACACGAUGUCGAGCCUGCGCAACCCAUCAAACCCGUCUUAAAGACCCUUGUCACUUCUAUCGCGGAUGACGUAGAAACCAACAUCACCAAAGAAGAUACCGCACAGUUCCAAAAGCUUGCCACCUUACCAACCGCCCAGGAAACGUCUGCGUCCAUCUUCAGCCACCUUGAAACCUGGGCCGAAAAGUCACACACGGAACUGCGCGAUGAACUCGACUCCGCUUUCUCGUCCCGCAACUGGGCUAAACUCGCAUGGUGGAAAUUGCUCUGGCGUGUUGACGACGUGACCAUGAUAUCUUCCGAGGUACUCGAGCGUCGCUGGCUCGUCAGCGCAGAGAAAAGCAGCAUCUACCUCGCGGGCCGAAUGAACCAAGCGGGCUUUCCCAGUGAACUUGUGCAGAAACUCGCCGUCGAUAGCAUCCCAGAGGCGACAACCGAGGAAACAGCACCCACAGCCGAGAAUCCAAGAAAGGAUCUCGGCGUCUCGACGGAUGUGAGGAAGUCGAUGCCCUGGCCUGAACAAAUCGCUGCGGCGAGAGUCGAGCUGAUCAAUGACACCGUCCCGCCUUUGCAAGCACUCGCCCAACGACUUCUCCUGCAGACGUUCAGCACAACAUCCCUAUCUUCAGCUGCCAGUGCACUACUCUACGUCUCCGUAUCGAACUUCUCCGUCUUUGAAGCCGCAGCCGUCGGCGUGCUCGGUUUGACUUACUCACUCCGACGGAUGCAGAAGCUCUGGGAGGGCUCGAGGGAGAGCUGGGAAGGCACGGUGAGGGAAGAAGGGCGCAGGACGUUGAAGGCGACGGAAGAAACUGUACGCUUGAUCAUGCGGAAUAAACAGAGGGAAGAUGCGGGUUUGGGACUUGUGGAGGCCGAUGGUGCGAAAGAAAGGCGGGUGGCCAGAGAGGCGGUGAAACAAGUCAGAGAGGCGCUGGAGAGGUUGGAGGGGAAGAGAGAUGUCUAG